CCCGGUUAUCACCACCAACGACUCAGCGGUUCACUCAGUGACUCACUCCCUUGCAACCAUGGCUCGAGAUUCUCCCUACGAAGACGACGAUCACGAAAACUUAAUCCACCAAAACAAGGACAAAAGCGCCAGUUUCCGCAUCGAAGAGCUCCAAUCCCCAAUCCGACGUCGUUUCAGCAAAGGGCACUACUUAUUCGCCGCCAUCGUCACCGUCAUUUCCCUUGUCGCCACCAUUUACCUCUUCUUCUCUUCCAAGAUCUGUGAUACGACGUCGGAUAGAAUCAAGGAAUCUCAACUCCGAGCCCUUUACUUAUUAAAUAAACAACGAAGUUCCCUCUUCGAUCUAUGGAAUCACACUUUUGGUACCUCUAAUAACAUCACAGCCGUCCGAUUUGAUCAAAUCAAAGCUUCGUUACUCGAUCAGAUCACGUUAAACAGGCACAUUAAGGAUACCUUGUUAUCGACAGAAAAUGGCACCGUUUCAGUACCUAUCGUGAACGGUUCCGAAAUUUGCCGGAAAAUCGACCCGAAAUCCUCUAAGAGAAGAACGAUUGAAUGGAAACCCGACCCGAAUAAAUUCUUGUUCGCGAUUUGUUUGUCGGGUCAAAUGAGUAACCAUUUGAUUUGCUUGGAGAAACACAUGUUCUUCGCGGCGGUUUUGAAUCGGGUUUUGGUUAUACCCGGUUCAAAAUUCGAUUACCGGUACAAUCUGGUCUUGGAUAUCGACCAUAUCAAUGAAUGUAUCGGAAGAAAAACAGUGAUCUCAUUCGAAAAUUUCAUGGAAUUGAAGAAGAAUCACGCUAGAAUCGAUAAAUUCAUUUGCUAUUUCUCGAUUCCUUUGCCGUGUUAUACGGACGAAGAUCAUUUGAAGAAGUUGAAAUCAUUGGGGAUUUCGAUGGGAAAAUUGAAAACCGCUUGGAAAAGCGAGGAUAUUGAGAACCCUAGUCCGAAAACGGUGAAGGAUGUGGAAGGAAAGUUUGGGACAAAGGAGGAUGUGAUUGCGAUCGGCGAUGUUUUCUUCGCGAAUGUGGAGAAGGAUUGGGUGCUGCAACCGCGAGGUCCCAUCGCGCAUAAGUGUAAGAUAUUGAUUGAGCCCAGCAAGCUUAUUUUGUUGACUGCCCAACGGUUUAUUCAAACGUUUUUGGGGAGUGGUUUCGUUGCACUCCAUUUCCGCCGACAUGGAUUCUUGAAGUUCUGCAAUGCCAAAAAGCCAAGCUGUUUUUACCCUAUACCUCAAGCUGCGGAUUGCAUAAGGCAAAUGGUUGAAAAGGCCAACACUUCGGUCAUUUACCUUUCAACAGAUGCAGCUGAGAGCGAAACCAGUUUGCUGCAAUCCAUGCUUGUGAUGAACGGGAAGACUAUACCACUGGUUAAACGUCCUCCUCGUGAUUCAGCUGAAAAAUGGGAUUCCUUGUUAUACAGGCAUGGCCUUGAUGGUGAUGAUCAGGUGGAAGCUAUGCUAGAUAAGACCAUCUGUGCUAUGGCAAGUGUAUUCAUCGGAGCCCCCGGUUCGACUUUCACGGAGGAUAUUUUACGGCUCCGGAAAGGUUGGGAAACCGCAUCCUCCUGUGAUGAGUACUUGUGCCAUGGUGAAGAGCCGAACUUCAUAGCCGGUGACGAGUGAAGAUUAUAUGAAAACGGUCAGUCGUAAAAUCGCCAUAACUUCGAAUUUUCUCUUUUCUUCCUAGAGAUUUUAGUGAAUUCUAAGAACAUUCA